GGCAGACUUCGCGGCCGCAACUACACCUCGCAUGCCUGGAUUGCACCCAAUCCCGCGGUGACGGAAAAGCAAGCAGACAUGGCCAACAUCAACUGGCGGACCAUCAACAUCGAUGCGCUCGAAGCCGAGUCGUCCUACAAUUUCGACCUCUCCACCCUGACGCCUGCUGUCCAGCCCGUGUCCACCGCAGAUGUGCAGGCGCUCUCCGGUCAGAUCCGGCAGCUUUCAAGAGGAGGUGACAAUGAGGGUGCGCUGAGGGGAGCAUUGGAGAAUGCACCGUUUGGGGCAGAUGAGCAAGGAAAGUCAAUACACCUCUCCGUCGUCACCGAGAUCCUGCAAAACAUCCGACAAGCCGAGAUGACGCCCAUCCUGCAACGAAUGUACCAAUCCGAGAACGGGUCGGAGGUCUGCGACACUCUCAUGAAGUACUUGUACAAGGGCAUGGCGCAGGGUGCACCAUCGGCCAAUGCCACGACGAAUGCGACGAACGCUAGGAACGUCACGCCGCAGGCGACGGGCUUCACUCAGGCUGGUGGCAGGAAUUUCGGAGGAGGGGAGGGUGGUGGGCAGGCGAUGAGUGUGCUUUUGAGUUGGCAUGAGAAGCUGGUUGAGAUGGUCGGGCCCGGAAGUAUCGUGCGAGUCAUGUCAGAUCGAAGAACCGUCUAGACAGAAAUAUUCAAUUCAGAUCCUUCCAGAAAUCUUAAGCCUAUCCGCCUGGCAAAUUUCGAUGAGACGGUGCAUGUGCUGUAAGUAAGAUAACCAACUUUGCAAUCUUCACGCGUCCGCAUCUCGUUAUUUGCGGUGUCCUGAGGCGCGGCAGGCACGGAUUAGACUUUGAUGGGUCUGUAUCACAUGGUGGCGGGG